UGAAGAGGAAGGCGGAACGCGGAAGUGAGUUUUGGUUCAGGUACGUUACAAGUGGAUAAGAGAAAAGAAGAUCGGAGAAGGAGGCUUCGGCUCCGUGUUCGUUGCAUUUUCCAAGAGACCCUAUAUCAAGAUCGACCACAUGCCCGUGGCCAUGGCCAUGAAAUCCGCAAUGAUCAAGGAUUCAGAUUCCAUUCGAUACGAGCUCAAGGUGUUUAGGGAGUUGAAUAACAAGGGUGGUUCUUGCCUCUUCAUCAUUGAGCACUAUGGUGAAGAGGUGACAUGGAUUGAUGACGGGGAAGAGGUCUAUAACUUGGCCUUGGAAGUUGCAUGGGGAAGCCUUGCGAGGUUGAUAAAGAUUAUCGGUCAUGGGUUGCCAGAAUCCGAUGUGAGGCGGUACACCGGUGACAUUCUUGAAGGGGUUCGACACAUACACAAGAGUGGGUAUGUUCACUGUGAUUUGAAACCAGAUAAUAUCUUGCUUGUGGAAAAUGAUGAUAGUGCCUAUACCUUUGUAGCCAAAGUGGGUGACUUGGGGUUGGCCAAGAAGGAGGAGGUUCAAGAAAGGUGGAGAGGCACUCCCAUGUACUUGUCUCCGGAGACUGUCUUGUACAAUGAGCAAGAACAAGCCAGUGAUAUUUGGGCUGUGGGGUGUAUUGUUCUUGAAAUGCUUGCUGGAGAGCGCCCCGGGAAUCAUUUCUACGGUCAUGAGAGUGAUACUCUCUACGUUGUUGAUGGAAUGGAGCCUAAAAUUCCUGAUACGAUCUCGAGUCUUGCUAGGGAGUUUCUAGGGUUUUGCCUAGCCAAGGAAACUCCGGAAAGGUGGACAGCUGAAGAGCUUCUAUCUCAUCCCUUUGUGGCAAAUGUUGUUAGGUACUGAUCUAGUCCUAGUUUGGUUAUAUUAGGGCAAUUGAAAUUCCAUUUGUAAGUUCUAAGGGAUGAGUUGUAAUCCGGCUUUCUGUGGCAUUCAAAGACAGUUGUAUAUAUAAAAGUUUGCACUAAACCGUUUGAAGAAAUC